AUGCAAGUGGUUUUUGGACGCUGUGAUCUCGGCCAAGCGUUGAGGCUUGAGCUCGGCCUUGGCUCCCAAGUAAGGCCUAUUCAUCCUCUUUCCAAACUCUACAAUCCCACCAUUGGCACUGGCUCUAUCGGCCAAUCCCACUCCUUCCACUGCCCUCGCCCCAGCUCCUCCUCCUCCUCCACUGCUCCCACUACUCACUACAUUUGUAAACUCCUUCAAGCUAUUGGCCUGCCGACACUGGUUGCAAAAUCCAUGCCACUUCGCGUGAAUCGUCCCACAAUUCUCGCAAACGAAGCCGUGCUUGAUCUUGGCCGAUGUCGCGUAAGCUCGCCUCUCCGCGAAUGCCUGGUUAUCCCGCCAGGACAAUCCAGCGUUCGCUUGCCGGACGAAGCUCCCGCGCCUCAAAAACCGGCGAUUGACGCAAGAAUCGAGCAAUCCUACUCUACUCCAACCUACAAACGAAGAAUGCCGCGAGGAAAUCCGGUGCCGCCAGCAGGUUUAGGGUUCUUCCGGUGCUGCGUGUUCUCUUCCAAGGCGGCUUGCAGCGCAUCCCAGGCGGCAGCGCGUCCAGCUAGGGUUAGCUUUUCUCUGUCCAGCGCUAGGGUUCUACUGCGCAUCCCUUGCAGGAAAUCCCUUCCAAUGCAGGCAAUGCAGGCGCUCCGGCGAAGAGUCGGCCAUGGCGGCAGCGGUAGCAGCGUCUAUCUCCUCUCCGGCGCUGCCCGUGCCUUCCAGACGAGCGCCAGUCGCGAAUUUCCACUGCCAUCGUCGACUCCAGCGGUGCCAAAGAGGGUCAGCCAGCCUCCAACGGAUAAUCGCACCAGGCAGCCGCCGCCACCUCCGCCGCCAGUCGAUUCCGAGAGCAGCAACGCCGAGGCCAAGCCGCCGGGACGAGCAUCGUCCAUGGCUCCGGUGGCGCCGAUCGAGAAGCAAUCGACUUGCGCAAAGCCUCCCACCAUGUCCCCGGGAUUCACUGGAGCUCUGGGACUUAACUUUCCGGGGACACAGAUUCCUGGGCUUCCAGGAACUCCGCGGCCAAAGCCAGGAACUCCAAGGCCCUACGAUCCGACCAAGCAGAAGUCCAAAGUCAUGGAGUGGCUCACUCCUCCUCCAGCGCCAACCGAGCUCCUCCAGCGCGUCCACUAUAAGAUGUCUGAGACUUGCUUCACUACCAUUUACUUUGGAGAUCUCUCGAAGUGGCAUGUCGAUGGCAAGUAUGAUGCUGUGAUUGCUCCGGGCAACAAGAGGCUCAACACCGGACCUGCUGUGAAUGCCGUUUUGUUUAAAGCUGCUGGAUCGAGACUUUUGGACGCUACUCAGAGGCUGCCCGAUGUUGCUCCGCAAGGCAUCAAGGCCGAGGUUGGAGAUGCCAUCAGCACCAGAGCUUUCAACUUGCCUGUAGCUCGUGUCAUCCACACUGUUGGACCAGUCUAUAAGAAAGACGAGACGACCAACGUGAGAGAGUCGGAUCCUUACCUUGAGAAAGCCUACAAGGCUGCUCUUCUCGUCGCCAGGAGAGAAAACUUGAAGUACUUGGCGUUUCCUCCACUUUCGUGCCGAAUCUAUGGAUACCCCUACUCGGAAGGAGCAGAGGUAGCUUUGAGAACGUUGAAGGCAAACUGUGAAGGUUUCCUACAGAUCGAUAUAGUCAUCCGGAACAUAGAGGGAUACGAAGCCUUCAUCGACGAAGCAAACAAGGUGCUACACAUCAUCAAAGAAAAGAAGAUUAUCAUGGCUCCUUCGGCGACUACUCCAGCUCCAGCACCCAGUCCCGAGCCUGCUCCUGCUGUCAACCGUGCAAUCGCCCCCGGUGGUGUCACUCCAGCAGUGAAGUCCUUCAUUCCCACAAGUGGUCCAUCAGCAGUCUCGUCGGCAGAGGCACCAGAACCGGAAACCAGCGAGCCUCUGCCUGCUUGACGACGACGAGAAGAGAUCUCACAGGAGCAGCGAAGACAAAGUCGCCAAGCUACGAACGAAUAGGUACACACAACUUGUAUUUUCUUUCAUCUUCUAGCCACUUUAGGAUGACGUUGGAAGCCGAUGUGAAUUCCUUCACUCUUUUAACUCGGGAGAGCUUCUUAGCA